AUUACACGGAAGAGUAGGAAACAGCUACUAAUAACGAUACUACUGCCAUUUUUAUUCCAUCAUUUUUUUUUUUUUUUUUUUUUUUUUUAAAAUAAAAAUUUCAGAGAGUGGAAUAUAUUUUUAAGUGGAACCAGACGAACCGGAAUCACGUCGGAGGCUUUUUCUACGCCUUUUGUUUGUGUUUAAAUUUGACGAGGACUAGUAUGACUAUGUUUUGAGACAUGUCUUGAAGAUCUUCUGGAACGGACUUUGGAAGCUGCGAGUGUGGCUGCAAUGGCGUGGGCUCUGAAGCUGCCCCUGGCAGAUGAAGUGAUCGAGUCUGGUCUCGUCCAGGACUUUGAUGCCAGUCUCUCUGGCAUCGGGCAGGAGCUGGGCGCCGGGGCAUAUAGCAUGAGUGAUGUGCUUGCCCUUCCCAUCUUCAAGCAAGAAGAAUCCAAUUUGCCUCCUGACAAUGAGAACAAGAUCCUGCCAUUCCAGUAUGUUCUGUGCGCUGCCACUUCACCUGCUGUUAAGCUACAUGAUGAGACACUCACUUAUCUUAACCAAGGACAGUCUUAUGAAAUUCGAAUGCUGGACAAUCGGAAGAUUGGAGAGCUCCCUGAAAUUACUGGCAAGAUGGUCAAAAGCAUCAUUCGCGUGGUGUUCCAUGACCGACGUCUUCAGUACACAGAACAUCAGCAGUUAGAGGGAUGGCGCUGGAAUCGUCCUGGGGACCGCAUUCUCGACCUGGAUGUCCCUAUGUCUGUUGGGGUGAUUGACCCAAGAACCAACCCAACACAACUGAACACAGUUGAGUUCCUAUGGGACCCUUCCAAGAGGACUUCUGUUUUCAUUCAGGUCCAUUGCAUCAGCACAGAAUUUACCAUGCGCAAACAUGGCGGGGAGAAGGGCGUGCCUUUCCGCAUCCAGAUUGACACCUUCAAGGAGAAUGAAGGAGGGGAGUACACUGAGCACUUGCACUCAGCUAGUUGCCAGGUUAAAGUUUUCAAGCCAAAAGGUGCAGACAGGAAACAGAAAACAGACCGGGAGAAGAUGGAGAAGCGAGCACCACAAGAGAAGGAGAAAUACCAGCCCUCUUAUGAGACCACCAUUCUGACUGAGUGCUCUCCGUGGCCAGAGGUCACCUAUGUCAACAACUCCCCAACUCCUGCCUUCAACAGCUCCCACAACAGUUUCCCAGUGGCAGAAGGAAAUGGCUCCCCCAGUCACCAGCCUGAGCCAAAGGUGCAGGUGGCAGAUAAUCUCCUUCCCACUGCUACACCACAGGAGGCCCAGCAGUGGCUUCUUAGGAACCGCUUCUCUCCAUAUUGCCGACUAUUCACUAAUUUCUCUGGAACCGAUCUCCUGAAGCUCACAAGGGAGGAUGUGAUUCAGAUUUGCGGACCAGCAGAUGGUAUCCGACUUUUCAACACGCUUAAAUGCCGGGUGGUGCGACCACGGCUAACCAUCUACGUGUGCCAGGAGUCCCAGCAGAGUGGAGAUCAGCAUCACAAGCAUGAGAACGGCGAUUCUAACAGUAGCGCCUUCUAUGUUUACCAUGCUAUAUACCUAGAGGACCUGACAGCUGUUGAGCUGACAGAGAAGAUUGCCCAGCUGUUCAGCAUCUCCCCUAGACAGAUUAGUCAGAUCUACAAGCAGGGCCCAACAGGCAUCCAUGUGCUCGUCAGCGAUGAGAUGAUACAGAAUUUCCCGGACGACUCUUGUUUUGUCUUGGUCACAAUGAAAGCUGAGAAUAAUGACGGCUACCACAUCAUCUUGAAGUGAAGAUGUUUGGACUGCAAGUGAAGGGAGAGGAUGUAUAGAGACGAAAGCCUUCUGAGCUCCUCAGCACUGUUAAGAUCCCCUCUUAGCACCUCAGUUUGCUUCUCUAAUAUCCCUAUACUGAUGUGAAAGCCAUCUUCGUCCAUUCAUUUUAAUCCACCGGGUUUAGAUUUUUCAACGGGAUACCUGGAGGGGGAUCAUAGCAUUGAACAUGUGCCACAUAUUUUUCAGCUUUGAAAGGUACAGCUUUAUCUGAACCCAUUUUUUAUCCCAAGAAACAUACUUUAUGAACUGGCAAAUGUACUCCAUGGUUACUGUUUUUUUUUAAUUUAUAUUUGUUUUGUUGCCUGUGCAAUGUUGAACCUGCCUCCAUUGGUUCCUGUUCUCCAUCUGUGCCAUGUCUACAUUGUUUUUAAGUAUGAGUUGCUGGUCACUUUGGAUCUUAAUGACUGACUCUUGACUGUCUUAAAUAGUGAUUCUGCCUCAUUUUUCAUGUCCAGAUGCAAACCCUGCAUGUUUAAUUGAAUGCUAUGCACCAAUAUUUACCGAUGCCAGUUAAAAUAUCAGGAAUUUAAGGAGUACAAUUUAUGGUGGUCUCAAUUUCAUGGUCCUGUUGACACAGCAGAGCUGAGUUUAGGUGAACAUUGAAAUGUGUUGAUUUCAGGAAUGGAGGUACUAUACCUCCCGUCUGCCCUAUAAGAAGGUCUACCUGUUUCACCUGUAGCAUUGUGUAGAUCUGUGUUUUGUCAAAGUGGAGUAUAAUGAAAAUGGCUGAGGCAAAGCAGGAGUGAGGUGAAUUUUUAUUUAUUUUUUUUUAACCCCCCCCCACCUUUUCAUCCAUUUCCUCUUCACUCUCUUUACACUCCUACUCUGUUUUAAGUGGUGUGAAACUGGUGCAAAACAAACAGUAGCUUUGCAGGCAGCUUGUACUGUUGGUACAAAUAUACAGAGAGAAAUAGUGUUGACUGAUUCUUUUUCCCCCUCUGAAGUGGAUAUAUGCUAAAUGUUUAUACUGAAAAGAUAUUUCGCAGAAUGGAGUUGGAACCUUGAAUUUUUCUUGUUUGGCGCAGCAGUUAUAGCAUGCUGCAAAAUUGGUAAGGUUAGAGACCUCAUCCUUUGACUACAAGACUGAACAUGAAUUAGCUGGCUGCCACAGUACAUGCAAGAGAACAGUUUCAGAAGUCUUGUCCCACAAAUGCUUUAUGCAAAAAUGGAGUGGAGUACAAAUUGCACUCCCUGUACCACUAUAGUAGCAACAGUAAAAAAAUUUAUUGUUCUACUUAUGAUUUCCACAUGGAUACAUGAAAUGUUUUUAAUAAUCUCUGCUGUUAAAAUAACCACCAUGCGACAUGAAAAACUGCAUUUUAAACAGUGUUAUUAAAAAUAUGUGGAGAAAGUA